GCACUGGUGGCGGGGUUGCGCGUGAGCCGCACUUUAGAUAUUUAUAACCUCGUUUUCUCUAAAUCUUAAGUGUUAAAUAAACUUACAGUGUAAUCGUAAUUUUAAUAAGCAUCCCCACAGACAUUUGCACCACAGAUAGCAUUUUCAAAAAGUAGGACAUACUAAUUAUAAGAAAGAUAAUUAUUAAAUAUAUAAAUGCAAGCGCAAAUCAGCGUGCACUUCUGCAGAAGAAGUACGGUAGUGAUAUGGCGCCCAAAAAGCCGUUUAAGUCCAACAUGAAGAGUAUGGAAAGAGAACUGUUGUGCCCAGUCUGCAAGGAGAUUGUGAAACAACCUAUUGUUCUUCCUUGCCUUCACAAUGUCUGCCUUCUUUGCGCCAGUGAAGUGUUGGUGCAACAUGGAUAUCAAGUGCCAGACCCUGUUAUCUCUGAGCCUUCAUCGCCUGCCACUUCCCCCAACACUCGCAGUCCAAGACAAGGGCGCAGGCCACUUCCAAGAACUGAAAGACUUGACCGAGUUGUUAGAUCAGGUUAUGGCACAUAUCCUGGUCGCAGACGCAGAGAAGGCCCACCUCCAUCUGUACUGUUCCCAUGCCCUUUAUGUCAGCACGAUAUUGAUUUGGGAGAACGUGGUCUGAUGGACUGCUUACGCAAUCUGACUUUGGAACGAAUUGUAGAACGAUAUCGCCACACAAUCAGCCUUGGGUCCCCUGCACUGAUGUGUCAGUUUUGCAAGCCACCUACAUCACAAGAAGCCACCAAAGGAUGCAUCGACUGUCGGGCUAGUUUCUGCAAUGAAUGCUUUAAAUUGUACCAUCCAUGGGGAACCCCAAGGGCACAGCAUGAGUAUGGCGGGCCCACUGUUUCAUUCAGGCCUAAGGUACUGAUGUGCCCUGAGCAUGACCAGGAAAAGGUCUCAUUCUACUGCAAGACGUGUCAGAAGCUCGUCUGCCCGCUUUGUAAACUGCGUCGAAUUCACGCUGGGCACAAAAUCUCCCCUGUUGCUAAUGCAUAUCAAGCACUCAAGGACAAGCUGACAAAAGGAAUCAGCUACAUCCUUGCCAACCAAGAGACAAUUCAGUUGCAGAUUAAACAAUUGGAGGAUCUUGUCAAACAGAAUGAGAUGAACAGCACCACAGCAAAGGAUGAGGCUGCUCGUGCUUUUCAGGAACUAAGUGCUGCUCUUGAGGAGAGGCAAGCCAUGGUUUUUCAAUCUCUAGAAGAAUCACGACACAGAAAAACAGACACUCUUUCCAGUCAGAUCACAGAGCGUCAAUCACUGCUGGAGAAUGCUGGCCUAGUGGCUUUCACUCAGGAGGUUCUGAAGGAGACAGAUCAUUCUUGUUUUGUUCAAAUAGCAAAGCAAAUACACAACAGGAUGUUAAAAGCUACAGAAUCUCUUCAGAACUUCUCUCCUGCAGCAGAUCCUUCCUUUAGGCACUUCCAGCUGGACAUCAGUCAGGAACUAAAGCUUCUAAGCAAUUUAAGCUUCAUCAAGUCUCCAUUAGCACCAGUGAUAGACACCCAACGUACAAUGGCUUAUGAUCAGCUCUUCUUGUGUUGGCGCCUGCCUGUUGACUCUGCUCCAGCCUGGCACUUCACUGUGGAGUUCCGGCGCACUGAGAUUCGUGGAGGAAAAGUUCCUCGUCUGUGGCAUCGUCUAGAGGAAGUGACGGGCACCAGUGCUGUAAUCGAUAGGCUGGAAGUAGACAGCGUAUAUGUGCUUAGAGUGAAAGGGUUUAACAAGGCUGGAUUUGGAGAAUACAGUGAGGAGAUCUACCUGCAUACUCCACCAGCUCCAGUGUUGAACUUCUUUUUGGAUGGCCGCUGGGGUUUUCAUCGAGACCGACUGAUCCUCAACAAGGACCAACGAGCAGUGCGCAGUGUUCCUGGAAUCCCGUUGCUGCAGGCAGCAGAGCGCGCCCUCACUUCUUGCCACUUAACCUCUGACCUCCUCAUUGGGGAUGUAGCAGUUACACAGGGUCGUCACUACUGGGCGUGCUCUGUGGACCCAGGCUCUUAUUUGGUGAAAGUAGGUGUUGGCCUGGAAUCACGGCUGCAAGAGUGGUUUCACAUGCCCCAAGAUGUCACCAGCCCACGGUAUGACCCAGACAGUGGCCAUGACAGUGGAGCUGAAGAUGCCACCAUGGACACUCCACCACCUUUCUCUUUUCUCACAGUAGGGAUGGGUAAAGUACUUUUACCACAAGGUAGUAACUCAGCCAGCAAUGCAACAAGUCCAAGUGCUGGAUUACAGCAUACAAGGGACCACACGACUCACUCUUCCCCCAGCUUGACCGUCCCGUUGCCUCCUCGUCUGGGAGUGUGUUUAGACUUUGAAAAGGGCCGUGUUUCCUUCUACGAUGCUGUAUCUCUGAGGCCCUUAUGGGAGGGCCCAGUGGAUUGCUCAGCCCCAGUGUGCCCUGCCUUUUGCUUCAUUGGGGGAGGAGCUCUACAGGUACAAGAGCUAGUAGCCAAUCGAAUCCCAGAUCAACAGCCCAGACGUGUUACAAUUCAGUCACGAGUGAACUGAUUUAAUGUUCAAAUGUGUCAUCCAGCAGUAAUUAUAAAAGCUAUUAGAGAGAAGCAGACUGACUGACUCAAUGCUCAGAUGAAAUCGUCAUGGCCACAGCAGCCCAAAUAUCUGUAGGAGCAGUAAUUUGUGAUUAUUAUUAAAUAACAAAUGAAAUACGAAUACUUGUAAGGCACAGAUCAUAUGGAUAAUCAGGUCUAAUCUUCAUAUAUGAGAUUGGCAGUAACACACCACCAAAGUAAAAGGCUGGUUGUGGAUUUGUAGCAUUUUUUUCUAUAUUAGAUUUUUUUUCUUUUGUAUAGUGAUGGCAAUUGAGAACAGCAGAUAACAAUCACAAGUGUUUAAAAUAACGCAUUAAGACGUACUCCUCGGGCUGUGUUGUGAAUUGCCAUUGUCAGCUCACUGGCUGGUAGCUCACAUAUCAUUUCUGUCGAAGGUCUGAAUGAGCAGCUUGCAUUGUUUGUGGUCACUUGUGCAGAUGCAAAUGCAAAUUUAAAAUAAGUUGUCAGUGAAACAAAAGGAAAGACUUCGGGGCUCAUCAGUCAAAUCUGAACACCAUCCAUGCUGAAAUUCUUCUGUCACAAACACAAUUUUGAUUGUAUGAUAAAACUGACUCCUACAAAUAUUCCUGACUUUGCGUACAGUGGGAAAUGAAUGCUCCUUCUUACUGAAAAAGCUGUAGGCAUCAGUUUAAAUAAACACUCCUACUGUCACAGGGUAUACCAUUAUAGGGCUACACUCCCAUACUACGUACAAUCCGAUCAAACCUACAGACCAGACAGAAAGUAAAAACCACAAAAUUAAGAAACAUAACAGUAGAUAAUGUAAAUAUUUUGCUAUUUUGUACAGUUGCUGAUGAUGCUCCAAAGAACCACAUAGCACAGCCGUUAAUUAAUGCCUUUGUAGUCAUACUCAUUAUGAAGGCACUGUAUUACAUACAACUUAUUUAUUGCUAUACUCUAGCGGUUUCAUUUAUUUAUUUUUAUGAAUGAAUAGAAAGUCAUGGCUUUUCUGGAACCUACAAAAACAGUUUUCUAAAAUGGAUUUAGAUGGGAUUUGACUUUGAGCAUCUUUAAAAGCUUACAGAAAUAGCAACAGUACUUUAUUGUUAAUCCACUGCACAACUAAUACUAAAAGACAAAAACAAUCUGACUAUUAAGAGAACUUCAAACUCAGACUCUUGUUUUAUUUUUUCUUAUUCCUUCGAUUGUCUUUUAUGGUGAGAGCCACACUGACUAGGGUAUUUUCUAGCAGUGGGUUUUCAAUAAUAGUGCCUUCAGGUUGGAGUUAUAAAUUAACUGUUUGAAGAUGUAUGUGUGUUCAUCAGUAUCAGAUGUCAUGUAUUACUAAGUGAACAAACGGUUUACCCUCCAGUCAUUUUAAUGAGGGCUGCAGGUGCAACAUGGCAGCUUAGGAAGUUAGCAUAAACCCCAAGGUACUUCUGAGAAUUUAGAGAUACUUCCAGGGCUGCCAAGAGGUACAAUCCCUGCAGUGUGUUUGGAAUCUGCUCCUCCAGUUAGUAGUGCUCGAUACAACCCUUGGGUGGCAUCCUAUUUGCCCAAGCAAGCCCAAAUAACUCAAUCUGGAAAAGCAUCACGUUUACUACCAAGGUCCUCCCAGUCCUAUAUCACAGAAUGAACCCAUCAACCCUGCACAAGAAACUAAUCUUGGUCACUUAUACUCAAUCUCAUUCUCUCAGUCACUACCCAAAGCUUGUGAUCACAGGAUGUAUAUUGGCUAAUCUCGCAAUUAAUCUGACAUUAAAUCUGUGUACAGGCUUGUCUUGAGCUCCGAUUUAUAGUAAUGAUGAUAAUAAUAGUUACCUAUAUCAGAGUCUGCAGUCUCCUAGCUGGGAAUAUAUUUUGCAAAGCCCAUUUAUUAUUCCAUACUUGCAUUCUGAAGGCCCAGACCUCUCUCUGAAUCACAGCAGCUAAACUGCUUUACUGCUACCGGCUUUGGC